AUGCAGAUCUUUGUCAAGACCUUGACUGGCAAGACCAUCACCCUCGAGGUGGAGUCCUCCGAUACCAUCGACAAUGUCAAGUCAAAAAUCCAAGACAAGGAGGGCAUCCCUCCUGACCAGCAGCGCCUGAUUUUCGCCGGAAAGCAGCUCGAGGAUGGCCGCACCCUUUCCGACUACAACAUCCAGAAGGAGUCUACCCUCCACCUCGUCCUCCGCCUGCGUGGUGGUAUGCAGAUUUUCGUCAAGACCCUGACUGGCAAGACCAUCACCCUCGAGGUGGAGUCUUCCGAUACCAUCGACAACGUCAAGUCAAAAAUCCAAGACAAGGAGGGCAUCCCUCCUGAUCAGCAGCGUCUGAUUUUCGCCGGGAAGCAGCUCGAAGAUGGCCGCACUCUCUCUGAUUACAACAUUCAGAAGGAGUCGACGCUCCACCUUGUCCUCCGUCUCCGUGGCGGCAUGCAGAUAUUUGUCAAGACCCUGACAGGGAAGACCAUCACGUUGGAAGUUGAGUCGUCAGACACAAUUGACAACGUGAAGUCCAAGAUCCAGGAUAAGGAGGGCAUCCCCCCCGACCAGCAGCGGCUCAUCUUCGCUGGCAAGCAGUUGGAGGAUGGCCGGACUCUGUCCGACUAUAACAUCCAGAAGGAGAGCACUCUUCACUUGGUGCUCCGGCUUCGCGGUGGUAUGCAGAUCUUCGUCAAGACCCUCACGGGAAAGACGAUCACUCUGGAAGUGGAAUCUUCGGACACGAUCGACAAUGUGAAGUCCAAGAUUCAGGACAAGGAGGGUAUCCCGCCUGACCAGCAACGUCUCAUCUUCGCUGGUAAGCAGUUGGAGGAUGGUCGGACCUUGUCCGACUAUAAUAUUCAGAAGGAGAGCACCCUUCACUUGGUGCUCCGUCUCCGCGGCGGUCAGUAA